AUGCUCAAAUCUGCACUGUCUCUGGCCUUGCUGGCAGCUACUUCCCUAGCCGUCGACCCGGCCGCCAUCUACACUGGCGGAUACUCUGGGGGCAGCGUUAGGCUCCGGAUUGGCAAUGGAGGAGCUGGGCAAAGUGGCUUGAUCAAGGCUCUCGCCGAUGCCUUCAUCCAGUCCAGCGUCAAGAACGGCUCCGACCCAUUCAAAGUCGCCUGGUACAAGAGCGACACCACCGAGUCCAUCAACUACCUCAAGGAUGACACCAUCGAUGUUGGCAUCACCUAUACCCCCGCUGCUGAAGAGAUCGCCAUCAAGCAGGGUGUGGCCAAAAGCCCUGCAUGGUAUGCCUGGCGCGACCACUUUCUGCUAGUUGGACCACCCUCCAACCCGGCCGGACUCAAUAAGGCAGACGACAUCAAAACAAUGUUCUCCAGCAUCUACGCCGUUGCAUCGGCUGGUGACGCCGCCAACGUCACCACUCCUGUUCGCUUCCUGACUCGCUAUGACAAGUCAGCCACCAACAUCAAGGACUCCCAGCUGUGGAUCGAAAUCGGACAAGUCCCUUGGGCGACCAAGUACUCCACCUGGUAUCAUCAGUACAUUGCCUAUCCCAUUCAAGCCUUGACUGCGGCCAUUCUCCUCGAGGAGUACACCAUCACUGACCGCGGGACCUACCUGUCUAUUGACGAGGCGCUUGCCAACAAGACCACCAUCUACAAGGCUGCCACUGACGACCCUGCCGAUCCUCUGCUCAAUCCCGCACACAUGCUCGUCGGCAAGAAGGCGAGCAACAUGAAGAUGGCUGACCAAUUCACCCAGUGGGUGAUCAGUGCCGAAGGUCAGGCUGUCAUUACUGGCUUCAAGAAGAACGGAAAGCAGUUGUAUACCGCUGCGCCUGCUAACAAAACUGCUCCGUUUAAACUCUAA